AUUUAUUUUUAUACAUAGCCUUUAGACACAACUCAAUAUUAUUUAUUACUUUUUUUAAUAAGAACUCUAUAAAAAGAAAAAUGUCAGUUUCAAACGAAUAUAAAUUAGUUGUUAUGGGUGGGGGGGGUGUUGGUAAAUCUGCACUUACCAUUCAAUUCAUACAGAAUCAUUUUAUUGAGGAAUACGAUCCAACUAUCGAAGAUUCAUAUCGUAGACAAUGCCAAGUUGAUGAUGAUACAUGUCUUUUAGAUAUUUUAGAUACAGCAGGUCAAGAUGAUUAUAGUGCUAUGAGAGACCAAUAUAUGCGUACAGGUCAAGGUUUCCUUUGUGUCUAUGAUGUCACCAGUAGAACCUCAUUCGAAGAAAUUAAUGUUGUUAGAGAACAAAUUAUUAGGGUAAAGGAUAACGAUAAGGUUCCAAUUGUUUUAGUUGGUAACAAGUGCGAUUUAGAAAAUCUUAGAGAAGUUACCCAUGGUGAAGGUGAAGAAUUAGCCAAAUCAUUUGGUUGUCCAUUUUUAGAAACCUCAGCUAAAAAGAGAUUAAAUGUUGAUGAAUGUUUCUUUGAAGUUGUUAGAGAAAUCAAGAAAUCAUUAAAAGAACCAGGAAGAUCAAAAAAAGAUAAAAAAGGAGUCUCAGGUGUUCUCAAGAAGUUUAAAGGUGACUGUAUAAUUUUAUAAAUUAUACAAAUAUUUUAUAUUUAUAUAGGUGGGAUUUUUUCUAGGUUUUAAUAUCCUUCCUC